CCCAGGAGUUUUUUGGGGGAGGUUUUCACAUGUGAGUCGGGUUGUGUGUUUGAAUUGAGCCGAACAUGUUUAUUUACGUGGACACCUGGUGAGGCUCGUUAUUGCACGUUAUUCGCUUUUUCGUGCUGGACUUAUUGGACUUAUAUACUUUUCGAUGCCUUUGCGUGAUGUGGGGAAUUUGGAACCAGAGUUUUUGUUCACAUAUGAGCGGGGUUUCAUGUUUGAACUGAGCUGAAAUGUUUAUUUGUGAGAUUCGUCCACAUGUUAUUCGCUUUAUUGUGCUUUCGUUUGACUUCUACUUGACAUGGAAACCUGCAGAGUGUCAAAAACCAUCGAUGUGAUGUAAGUUAAUGUAAUCGACAUUUUUAAUACACAUUUAUUUUUCACUACCAUAUAGCUCGAUCUUGUAAAUAAAAAUAAACACACUCAACCCAGACGAUACAUUUCCAGAAGUAACUUUUUAUAAAGUAGUUUCACACUUUAUAUACUUAAAAUAAUAAUAAAAACAAAACAAAACGCUACAACACACAGACAAGUCGCACUUUCACUAAAACGUCUGGAGAAAAAAAAUACCAAUUUUACCGGAUGCCCAUGAAGGCAUCGCGAGGCCCUGUGACGUCAGGCGCUCCCCUGCGCUCCCUCUAGCAGCCAGUCAGAGAAGGGAUGCUCUGAACGCAAAGACUGCAGCAUCUUCGCCGAGAGAACGAGCAGGAAAAAAAAGAAUACACCGUCUCUACUUUCUCUCUCUCGCUCUCUCUCUCUCUCUGUGUGUGUGUGUUCCUCUGGACCCUCUUCACGCAGCCCCGUCACCCCUGGGUGUCUUCAUGAUCGGAGCCAGGACAGGAUAAGAAGAAAGAAAUUAUAAUAGCCCCACCAUCGGAUUUUCAUAUUUUUUUGUUUUGUAUUAUAGCUAUAAAUGCUUCGCCGACCUUUUCCCUCUCUCUUCGGUUGAGUCUUCUUUCGGUUCUUGUGUUAUUUAUUGUUCCGUUCCGCUGGCUGUAGCGGAGGAGCGCCACCGUCCUUGCACUGCCUGACAUGAGUACGCUCUUUUUCUUCUCGCUGCAGCGGAAUGACACACAUAUCCGAAGCCUGAUGGAAGAUUGACGCUCCUGUUUGCACGUUGUUUCUUUUCUCAGUAGCCUAGAUCAUUGUCCAUUGCAGAGUUUUUUUUAUUUUUUUUAGGAUUGUAUUCCCCCCCCCCCCCCCCCCCCCCCCACCACCACCAGCACCACCUCUGACUCGAUCAUCCGUCGCUCCAGCGUUUCUUUCUUUUCUGUACCCUGCGCAGCAUCUCUGCACGCAACGGGCGCACCACCGCGGAGAAAACGCGCAGCUAAUCCUUCGCCGUCCGCAAGAAACAGGCGUAUUUUUUUUCCUCUCCUCCAAUUGCUCAAAUCGCUUUCGCCUUUCUGCAAGGACUCCCAUCUGUACGGCUACACGCUGCGAAGAAUAAAAAAACAAAACAACAACGGGGAAAAAAGGGGGAUUUAAACGCAAACGUAGCCCAAGCAUCCAAGAGCGAGCUCGAAAAUGAUGGCCGGCGGAGCAGUACAGCAAAACGGGAUUUUCUCAAAUCCUCACCAUCACAAUCAACCACCGCACAUGGAGUCCGAUCCCCCGGACUCGCGCAAAAGACCCCUGGAGACUCCGACGGAGGCCAGCAGCACCAAACGCACAAACACAGGAGUGGCCUUCCUGCAGCCCCUAUUUGAAACUGAAGGCAUUGUAUUCCCUCACCAAGAAACUGAGACUCAUGAGGAAGGCGAGUACUUCCUGAAGGUUUUGAUUCCCAGCUAUGCGGCGGGCUCCAUUAUCGGCAAGGGAGGUCAGACCAUCGUCCAGCUGCAGAAAGAGACCGGAGCCACCAUCAAACUGUCCAAAUCCAAAGACUUCUACCCAGGAACGACAGAGCGCGUGUGUCUGAUCCAGGGGACGGUGGAGGCGCUGAACGGCGUCCACGACUUCAUCGCUGAGAAGGUGAGGGAGAUGCCUCAGAGCACCCAGAAGACAGAGCCGGUCAGCAUCCUGCAGCCACAGACCACCGUCAACCCCGACCGCGUCAAACAGGCCAAGCUGAUCGUCCCCAACAGUACGGCGGGGCUGAUCAUCGGCAAAGGUGGUGCGACAGUCAAAGCGGUGAUGGAGCAGUCCGGGGCGUGGGUCCAGCUAUCCCAAAAGCCCGAGGGCAUCAACCUGCAGGAGCGUGUGGUCACCAUCAGCGGGGAGCCGGAGCAGAACCGCAAAGCCGUGGAGAUCAUUGUCCAGAAGAUCCAGGAGGACCCACAGAGCUCCUCCUGCCUCAACAUCUCCUACUCCAACAUCACAGGGCCCGUCGCCAACUCCAACCCUACCGGCUCCCCGUACGCCAACUCGACAGAGGUUAUGCCAUCUGCGGCAGCCGCUGCGGCAGCCACGGCUUCCUCUCUGCUCGGCCAGGCCAGCCUAGCUGGGGUGGGGGCCUUCCCGACCACUAUGUCCAGCUUCUCAGGCAACGACCUGCUGACCAUCACCUCCGCCCUCAACACCCUGGCCAGCUACGGCUACAACACCAACUCCCUGGGCCUGGGGCUGAAUCCCGCUGCAGCCUCAGGGGUGUUAGCAGCUGUAGCGGCUAAUGCUAACCCGGCAGCAGCUGCUGCGGCUAAUUUGUUAGCAUCCUACGCCAGCGAUGCAUCCGGCGGCAUAGGUCACCCAGGCGGUCUCGGAGGCUUUACCCUGGGAUCCCUGGCUGCCGCAGGGGCCACCAAUGGCUACUUAAGCGCUGCGUCGCCCCUGGUGGCGUCAUCUCUAAUGGCCACAGAGAAGCUAGUAGAAGGAGCAAAGGAAGUGGUCGAGAUCGCCGUGCCAGAAAACCUGGUAGGAGCCAUCCUGGGGAAAGGAGGGAAGACGCUAGUGGAGUACCAGGAGCUGACCGGCGCCAGGAUCCAGAUCUCCAAGAAAGGCGAGUUCAUCCCUGGAACUCGGAACAGGAAGGUGACCAUCACGGGUUCCCAGGCCGCCACGCAGGCUGCACAGUACCUGAUCAGCCAGCGAAUCACCUACGAGCAGGGGGUACGUGCCACCAACCCACAGAAGUUGGGCUAAACCUGACAGCCAAUGAGAAACGAGGAGGAAAAGAGGAAAAAAAAAGAGUGGGGGCUUGGGGGAGGAGUAUAAAAAGAAGUGAGAGUGAGAACGGAAAAAAGGAGAGGAGAGCAAGUAUGUCAGAAGGAAUCGUCCGCGCUGUUUUCUUCUGCGUGUUUUCAGUAUUCUCUAUUAAAAAAAAAAUUUUUUGACGCGAAGCAAAAAUGUGCUGAGAAGACGAGGAGGGAGAGGAGUUAUCACGCUGAAAAACCAAGAAAAAAAUUGUGUAACAUGUACAUAAGGUUUUAUUACUUAACGUCUUGACCUUUCGGGAUUUUUUAUUGUUUUGUUUCAUUGUUUUAUUGUUUGGUUUCGUAAAUUAAGCUGUCUGUUUGUUUGUGUAUUGUGUGGACAAAGCUGAAUGCCAUGUAGACAGGCCGACUGCCUGAGAGGCUACAGGAAGCGGGGGGAGGGAGGGAAGGGCACGGGUGCAGAUAGGUGGGAGGGGGGGGUUGCAUUUAAAGGGUACAACCCUCCACCCCCGCACCCCCAACCCUAAAUCCCUUAUGGAAACAACCCUUACCCCUCCCUCCCCCUGCAGCCCACACCCGUCCCCCUCCUGUCGGGUUUUUUCCUUCUAGUUUUGAUUUGCCCCUUGCCCCGCCCCCUCUCUCACUACUUGCCCACCCCUCCAAUCCCCCACCCCACCAUCCCUUUUACAAGGGUUUUAUAAUGAGCAAGACUGCAAACUUAAGCCUGGUGUGUAAAGGAAGAAACAUCCUCAAAUCCCCCCCGACCCCUCUUAUUUGCCCCCACCCAACUAUGAUCUCCCCUCCCCCCUCCCGCCCUCUCUCUUGGAGACGAAGGGAGGGGCGAAGUGAAAUCGGGGAAGGGUGUGGGACGGAGGGGCGAGAAUCAGCUGGAUGUUCCUUCAUUUGCACACCACCCCAUGUGCACCCUGUGAUGUAUCCCACAAGCAGUGCAGCGCGGUGGGGGCGUUACAGCACGUAGCGCCCCCCACACCCCCCACAUACACACAUACACACACACAUACACACACACCUUACGCACCCCUAGCAGCCCUAGUGUUUGAGAUAGAAUGCCGAGGCGCACGCUGAUGACCUCACGUAGUGCGAAACCGACGAGAGUGAUACUGUGCAAGCUGCGGCAAACACACGGGAUCCACAGCAUUUCUUUGCAGUCUGCUGUGAUAAUUCUGUUAACGAGAUUGUCAUGAUUUAUUAGGAAUCAUCUCCAUCAUCAUUAUUUAUUAAUGAGUUCACCCAUGAAAAAAAGCUCAGUUGUUUUUUCUUUUUCUUCUUUUUUUUAUCUGUGAAUUCAGGUUGACAUGAAUGUAAAUGAGACUUUUUGAUUUGAAUCUUUUGUUUUAAUUUAAGUCGAUUGAAGAUGAAUAGUAAUGUUACAUAGUGUAAUAUAUGUCUUAUUUAAGUCCAGUAAGCCACCCCAGGCAUUAAUAUCAUUACAGUGAAGGAUUACCUUAUACAUACAUAUCUAUAUAGAUAUAUAUCUAUAUCUAUAUAGAUAUGUAUAUAUCUAUACAGAUAUCUAUAUAGAUAUCUGUAUAUAUAUAGACAUCCAGUCAAAGAGCAGAACAGGGAACGCACACACACGCACUGAAACAAAACAUAACGAUGCCAUAUUUGGUGCUAGAAAAGGGAAUUCACCAUAUCUUAUGAUGCAGACUGCAGUACGACCUCUAGAUUAGCAAUAGAAUACCUGUAAGCCACACACACCACAGGCUGCAGUGCAGCGUCUACAUUCACGGCUAUAUUAACCCUAAAACACCUGGGUCAUCACACUUAGCUAUCCUCUCAUGUACUCCGAAACACUGCUGUUGUGUCUGAAUCUGUAGGCAAAAUGUCCCGUUACAGUUUUGCCUACAGUGUAACCGAAAUGAGACUCAGACGAGCUGCUCAGCCUGUGGUCUUCCAUGAAACCAUUUAGAUAAACCCAAAACCACAGACUACAACAAGCAAGAGCACUUAAGACUCACAACGUACUGCUACUACUGAGACAAAUGCAAACAUUGAGAAAGAGGAAACACUGAAGCACGACAUUGUUCGUGUGGGGUCCACUGCUACAUCUGCAAGCCUCACGAGUAGAUUUUGCUAUUUGAGGACAGCGUGCAUAUCAGUAAAGGAGAUAAAUAGCCUCACUGGUCUUCGCCCUUAUCAAACAACCGUCCGACUGCCGACGAGGCAAAAGGGCAGACAUGAGAGAUUUUCAACACACGUCCAGGGAGUUGAGCUCGUUUCCGCCUCUGGCAAACCGCAGGUCACCCACGGCAACAGGUGUACUGCCCACUGUAGACCCAGGAGGCUGCUGGAGAUGCUGUCUUUUCUUUGAUUGUUUGAACUCUUUUUUUGUGUCGUGUUAUUAUUUGAUUUUUUUACAAUCGGAGUACACUGAAUUUUUGUCUUAAUGCACUGUGAAGCGAGAGAGCGGUUCUCUCUGCCCACGAGGUCAGGGAUGUGUGCUGUACAGACAGCAUCGCGAUCGGAUGUAUUUUUUUGUGUGGUAUGGGGGGGAAAAACAAAACACAUAUAUGAAAUAUAUGUAGAAUGCAUAUGAAGAACUUCACCAGAAAUGUACGUCAUAUCUGAAUACUGAAAGAGACUAGGUCGAUGAAGAGGAUAUCAAUCAAUUGAGUUGACGGGUCGAGAUCUAUUAGAUUCUACUCACACCUGUUGUUUCAGAGAAUACUUUUUGCAUUCAGGAUGUUGGGGGGAGUGUUAGGAGUCCAGCAGCAGAUUAAAGAGACUGGAAGAAAUUAUAAAAAAUUCACUUUUCUAUCGCAGCUGUGUCUUUUUCAUAAACAGUUGGAAUUGGUAAUGCACUGUACAUCCCAACGGGCGAAUCCCUGGACACGUGUUUAAGUGUGACGGAAUGUAAAAAUGACAAGUAAUGAGGAGAGGGUGCAUUUGAUUUAUUGACCUAAACAGCCCCGGUGAGGGGAAGGAACUCCUCUUAAGAUUAAGAAAAAAACUCUUUCGAAACCAAUCCGACCCAAAGUCCUCCACUGUGCUACCGAAUGUGUCACUCUCUGUUGGAGCGCCAGUGAAGGUUUAUCUCCGCAGCUUGGUAAGGAGGCUUCUUUACUCCCAUCUAACACCAUCCACACUCUCCUCACCCUCCCCUCCCCCUCACCCGUCCCCCCAGUCCUCAAACGCACUCCCAUCCUGACACCCCCUCUACCUCCUACCACAUCGCUCCAUGGGUGACUAUGUCUGGUGUGACGAUCAAAUGCAUGUCUGCUGCUUGCCCUGACGAGAAAAAGAAAAAAACGCCACUGAUCGCGUUUCUCUUCUCUUUGCCUCCUCGGGGGAGAGGGGGGGGCAGCCGACGCGCCCCCCGCCAGGAAAACCACCACACCUGCAGAGGGAGUCGUAGUCGAGGCCCGCACACACAUAGAAACAUACACAUAUCGUGAGGGAAUACUUUGUCAUUGGCGGGGUUUGACUGGAUUUAUGUUUGAUAUUUUGUAGACGAAAAAAACCUCAUAAGACCAUAGGGAGAUAGUAGUUGUAUUAGAUGUAGCGUGCUUUUGUUUCGCUGUAGAACUGCACUGUGCUGGAAGCAGUUUGUUUGGUGCAUGCUACGUCAGGUUUGAGCAGGUAGACUACAUGCUUGAUUUAUCAUAUAUCAAGCACAAAUGGCAAGAUUGUACUUUUUUAAAGGAUUCGCUGCUUUUAUCCGUCUGAUAUUGUAAAUUGAAUAUGGUUUGGUUUGGGACUGUUCAGACGAAACCAGGAGUUAGUAGACUGUUCUGAGAACUUGUGAUUUUUCACAAUUUUCUGACAUUUAAUAGACUGAACUAAUUUUCAGUCCAGCUAAAUUUAUAUUUUGAGGAUUCAUUAGAGAUGAUUCCGCCAUUCCAACGUUAUGACCAGAGCAUGAAAGUACUUUGGAUACAGCACAGUGCAUUCGCAGUGGAAAAACUGCAUUGGAAUUUCUGAUGUAGGUGUCACUUGAGUUGAUUAGUACUGGAUGUGUUUCUUCUUCAUCUCAUUAAUCAAACAUUAGAAUGAUCGUUUUCGGUUUGUCUUUUAAAAAGCGGCCAAUCUCUUUAGUCGUCUCGAUGUUAGGGGACGGAGAUCAAAUGUGAUCGAGUACUGGAAGCAAUACACGUAGUGGCAUGUUGUCCUGUCCUUUAUCCUCUGUCUGCCGUUGGAGCUUUGGAUUUAGAUGUUGAAUAGGUUUACACAAGUCAUUUUCAUUUUUUUUAAAUUUGUGGGAAAAUGCUGCUAUUUAACAAUUACCGAUGUACUAAAAAUACUAGGUGAAAACAUAUCGAAAUCUGUCAUUUAGCUGGAGAGGCUAGUCGCAAGCGGCAGUGUAAUACAAGCUCUGUUAUAAGCUGACGAUAAGUUAAUAAUAGUGUAAUUCUAACCUGAACAAAGUAAACCUGUGCCAAACUAGGUCUUUACAGAGUGUAAAUGUGUCGAUUUAAACCACAUUAGACUAGAGGAGACAUACUUUUAUAUUAAGAAAAUGUGAAAAGUGCCAAAUGAACCAUAUUUAUGAUUUACACGGGGAGGCAGUCAUCCACGUGACAGUUUUUAGGAGUCAGUAUAGGAGUUUGUUUAAGGCCUCUCAGUUCCUGCCACAAGAUGAGGGACCGCCAUGUUAGCAAAAGUGUUCAGCCAGUCCUCCGGGAAGUACAUUUCCCAGGAUGCAACAGCACUCCGACUCUGGGGCUCGACAAAUCAACAUAGCGACAAGUUAGCAUAAUUAUGCUAAAAAAAAAAUGUGACUUGAUAGCAUUCUUAAAUACAGCCUUUUAUAGUUACGAUGAAAAUGUAUUUUGUGGAAAUAGAUGUUAUCUUUUUUGCAUGUCUAUAUUGCAUGAUAUCAAAGUGAAACGUGGACAAAAAAAUGGAGAAAAAAAAAUCAAAGAAACAAAAAAACAGAAGUGACAAAAAAUAAAUUAGGCAGUGUGUGUCAUUCAUUUUUCGACAAAUCUUUGCAUGCCGAUAAGGGUGGAGCAUUUUGAUAUUGUUUUACACGCGUUCAAAUGUUUGUUGUUUGAGUCCCGGUCCACCGGCCGACGGUGAACAAAAUAUUUGACCGUGACGUCACAACGAAAUGAGUAGUUUGUCGUUGUCCAGCCAUCCUCGAUGGGAUAUGAAUAAAAACUCUCGAACAAACAUAAGACUAUUUUGCUACUUGCCGAGCGAGCUUGUACUGAAAAGUUCUCAGUUGCUGCCUAUCCUUAAGACAGAAAAAAAAAGAAAAAAAAAUC